AUGGCUCCUAAUGAUGUGUCUCACCGUCGAACCCAUAACUUGCUGCUGAUAUCGAAGCUGCUCAACCUCCGGGAGGGUGCUGCGCCGUUAACUCUCGUGCAAGACUCGCUGGAGCAGCCAGCCGCUCCGCUCUUAAAGGAGUACAUUCGACGAACCAAACUAUCUAAAGGACAUGUAACCUUCGUCUCCUUCGAUACAUUGACUCGCCCGGCUGGUGCUGACACAUUCAUAAACGCCGCUGGAAAGCCAUACGAGCUGAUCGCAGAAGAGGUGACAUCGUCUUAUACUGCCUCCCAGCCUACAGGAAACCAGAAUACCACUCCCAAAAGAUAUCUUGUCAUAGUUGAUUCAGUACAUCCAUUGCUUUCUCCAAGAGCUGGCGCAAAGACUGUUUAUCUGCCUGAAUACCUCAGCUCUCUGUUGGGGCCUGCUUCACCCCAUGUGCAAGUCUCUCUUGUUUUGGUUUAUCACCGUCAUAUACCAUCUUCACCCAGCUCGAAUCCGUACGCCCCAUCACCGCUCUCCCUCUUGACAUACCUCGCCACGACAAUAAUCACAACCCAUUCAAUGUCUCAGAUGCUGGCUCGAAAGGCAGCUAUAGAUAGAAGUCUGGCGCCUCCAGUAUUUGGACUGGAGGAAGAAGUCGACGGUGUUUUAAUUGGAAGGGUUAAUCAACACUUGAAGGGCGGGAAACAAGACGGAAUUGUCCUGGAAAUGGAACAUAGGCGGAAGAGCGGACGUGGCAUAGUCGAGUGGUAUUUUCUGCCACAUGCAUCUAAAUACUCUACCAAACAAGUUACGGAGGUGGUCAUUUUGCUUGAUGACCAUCCGCUGUAUAAACGGAAGGACACUGAAGUGAACGAGGAAGCAUGGGAACCCGAAUCAACCUUCGAACUUGGCCUAACGGAAAGACAGCGGAGAGAGAGGGAUAAUGUGGUGCUGCCUUAUUUCGAUGCCCAGAAGGGUAACGGUCCCGGGGAGGGUGGACGUAUCCUCUAUGACAUGGGCGAGGAAGACGACUUCGAUGAAGAGGAGGACGAAAUCUGA